UAAAUUUUAAUUAUGUUGAGUGCUUUGAACUGGCUGUAAAUAAAGAAAAUCAUAGAUUUAUUUACUUCUGUUUGAAGAAAUAUUAAAAUUUUUUUAAGAAAAAUUCAAAAUUACAUUAGAACAUUGCUUUUUAAUUAAGGUUAUAAAGGGUUUUUCAAUAAGAGCGCUAAAAAAGUUUAUCUUCUUCUUCAUUCCUGUGAAAGAACAUUCGAUGCCAUUAUGUAUGGAACUCGAUUUAUUUUGCAUGACCACUACGGGCACGCUUGCAAAAGUCCAGAGGCUGAACUCAAUUUUCGACGGUUUACAAGCAUAAAUCGGCCGAUACUGUUGCAAAUCAAGUACUGAACACAAAGACGACGACACGAUACGACGUAGCGACGGCUGAUCACAAAUGUCGCUUUGAAGCCAGCGACAUCUGGAACAUUUGAAGACGGCAGCGACUUAUCAAACAGCAAUUUCAUUGUUGCCGCACUAAAAUCGUUCACUUCAAUAAAAUUUACAUAUUUAGUUUAAAGUGAAAUUAUUUGUUCAAAAAAUGUAAAAAUGGUCGAUUUAUUUGUUUUAAAUAAGCGAUUGUUAUUAUAAAUAUUAUAUCAAAACUAUUUUACGUUUCUGCUGGCAAAAAAACGUCAUAUUUGUUAUAACUUAUAAUAAUUUUACAUUUCACAUAAUAGUGGCAACUCUACAGCUGCCCAUUGUCGUCGCCAAAAUUAGAAACAUUUUUAAUUUAGCGACAACGACAACUACAAGCCGGUUGUCGCGAAGUCGUGCUGUUGUCAAAAAAUCGGUGCCCAUAAGAACGCGUGUAUUUUAAUAUUUGACUGAUGUCGCUCGUCGCUUGUCGUCUUCUAUGUGUUCAGCACAUCACGUUCGAUAUUCGUACGAAGUUCAUCAAUCGUCGCUGGUUUGCUGACAUAGACCAUAGACUUGACGUAGCUCCACAGGAAAUAGUCUAACGGCUAUCUAUCACACUAGACUGCCAAUUGAUGCGCCAUUUCGUGAGAUAACACAUUCACCACGUUGGUUUUCAAUAACGUUGAUUUUCAAUAAAUCGAGUGUGACAUUCGCUGUGUGGCUUGUGGCGCCGUCCUAUUGGAACCACAUAUUGUAAUAUUCGGUUAUCAUUGCGCGGUAGCGAUUCCCCUUUCGCACCAACCGUAUUUUUUCGGUAUGCAAUGGUGACUCAUGGAGUCCAUGGAGAUUGCUGUCUGACCAAUAACGCAUAUUUUGCUUGACGAAGCUAUUCAGCCAGAAAUGAGCCUCAUCGCCACAACAACGUCAUAGAGAUGCCGAACGGUUGAGAACGACGUAUGAGAGACUUAUUUGGGUCUUCCUCAUUUGAUGCGCUAGCGGCAGCAAUAUUUUCGACACUACCGGCACCUCUUUGUCUCACUGUUAUGUGAACAUUUUGUACUGUUCCUGUGGAUUCAAAUUUUUCCACUAGAUCUGGUCGUUUAUGAUUAUGACAACCAUAAAUUUCGGUAGUAACUUUUAAUAUUUCGACUCGUUGUUGGAUCAUUUAUCUUUCCAUAAUGAAAUGGCAGACCUUACUGAUGAGAAAUUUUAGAAGAGCUUUUGUUGCAUCCAUUUUGAAAACCCCUUUUUAUUUUUUAUUCUCUUUGAAUGAUAAUUUGAAUUUUUUUUUAGAAAAUCCAGAGAAAUAAACAAUAGAAGUGUUAUUUUAAAUCUGAAGAACAGCUUUAAACAUACCGAAAAUAUAUAUUGUAUAAAUACUAUCAACUAGCUGAAUUGCUUAUUAAAAAAAAUAUCGUAGAAAUAAUAAAUAUCGUAAUAAAAAUUAAAAAAAAAAAAUAAUAAUAAAAAAAACAAAUGUCAAAAAUAUUAAAAAACGGGAAAUAAAAUAACUAAUUAUAUUAAAGAAAAAUUAAAAUAAAAAGUUUAAAAUAGAAAAAUAUAUAAUAUAAACAAUUUCAAUUAAUUACAAAAGAAGUAUAGAAAUGUAGUAUUGUUAACAUAAUUAAAAAUAUAAGUGAGUUUUGAUUGUUAUAUAAACAAAAAAUUAAUGCAAAAAAUUUUAAUAAUAAAUAAAAAAAAAAAUUAAAAAGAUUAAAAAUAAAAAUGAUUAUUUAAAACAAAAGUUAAAAUAAAAUUAAUGAUAAAAAGUUACUGCAAUAAUGUAUAAAAUUUGAGAAAGUAAUAAUAAUACAUUGUCCAAAAAGUUAUAAGAGUGAUGACAUGAUAUUGAAGUGAUGCGAUGACGCGACGUGAAAUUUAAAAACAAGGAAAGACAUUAAAAAAAUUCAUUCUCAUUAUAUUAUAAAAUUUAAAGUAUUUUUAUGCAAUUAAUCGCCAGCGAGGCGACAGUGCAACACAAUUGUUUGUUUAACUAAGUUACACAUAUACAUAUAUAAAGUGCUGUCGUUAGAGCUGCAAACACUCGCCAGAUAGUGCCAUAGUGAAGACACACUUCCGUGACACAGGCGGGCGUACGCCAAGCGCGACAGCAGUUGGUGGUGAAAACGUGUCAUGCAUUGGCUCGAUGGCAGCAUUUCGCUGGAUGAAAAUUUAAUUAGUGGACGCGUCAGCGGCGGCAGUAACGGUGAAAAUAGCGACAACAAUCAAAGUAAAACAUCGUUGAAAGCAAAACGAAGACGCCUCGCUCAUUACAAGCUCAGCAGCAGAUUGGAUCGAAAGUCAUCACGUGGCAUGAUCUAUGAGAAUGAGGAGCUGAGGCUGCGUACCAUAAAUAUAAAUGCUGAGGUUGAGAGAGGGCAAUCGGACAUCAAACGCUUGCGUAGAGAGAAUGAACAGCUGCGUCGCGAGAUUUGGACGCUACGCGAUGAGUGCGAUCGCUUGAAUAAGCGCUUCAAGGCGAAGCUACUGGAUCACGAGCAUUGCAACCGGCAUAGCAUUUGUAGUGGCGGCGGGCGCGGUAGCGGGCACAUUUGCGACAGUAACUGCAACAGUGAUGAUUCAGAUUCCUGUGAUACUUGCAAGGGCAACGAUGACCAGUGCAACGAUGAGUGUUGCACUGGUGGCAGCUGUCCACAGCUGGCGACAAAGCAACCUAUUAUUGAAUUUGCGCCUGAUACGCCCACGACAACAGCGACAGCACCCAACUUUGUGGUCAAAUCAGCGGGUGGUAAUUCUGAGAGUGUGCCAAAUCUACAUCAAGCAUUCGAUCAUUUGUCUGUGGUAUCGGAGGAAACGUUGAGUAACGUCGACCAGCAUACGCAUGUGCCACACAAUGAACUGCUGCACAUAUAUACGUGCGAUGGCGGUGGCUCACAGAUGACAUUGCCAAGUUUGGUCGGGCCGCUGACACCGUUGACGCCCAUCGAACAGGUGGCCAAUCAGCUGAAUGAUCUGCAAGCGGUUGUGCCGCCAUUAUCAUAUUUCGAGAAUGUGUUGCAAGAUCAUAUGGGCUCUAAUAUAGGUAAUACACCCAAUAUGAGCUCGCCUACUUCGAAACUGAUGCGCCACACCAAUGGUUGGGACUACAAGCUGCAAUCACCUUUCGCUCAUAGAAAGAUUUCAACAGAUGCUUCGCCACCGGCGCUGCAAAUUGCUACACCGAUUACGCAGAACUCUAUGCAACAACAACAACAACAACAAAAAAAUCAACAACAGCGCUUGGCGCCUCCUCAACUGUUAACCACAUUUGUGCCAUCAAUAGUGGCGCCGCCGGCUUGUAAUGAGUCGGUAGCAAACUCCGCAAGCCUCACGAUAUCAGCGCCGAGUGUUCAACCACCAAACACGACUGCCGUGGAGACGGUUGCAAUUACAACGACGCCAUCGAAUGCUUUACCAACGCUAAAUAGCCCAAGGCAUUUCUUUGCGCCACUAAAGCCACGGUUAAAAAUCAAUACAACUUUAGCUAACAAAGUGCUGACAGGUGACGCCAAUGCGCCCACGGAGUCUACGCCGAUAUCAACACCUACAAGCACUGACGCUGCUGAUGCCAAGACCAGCGGUUGUCACAAUUGUGAACCGCCGGACCUGUAUGUGCACAACGGCUUGGCCUCACCCUAUCAGCAUCAGGCAUUGACGGGGUCGGGCGCGGACAACGCAGUGCCGCCACCAAUACCACAACGCGGUAGCUCCUCCCAAACGGAGUCCGUGAAUCUGGAAACCAUUCUUAAUGAUAUUCAAGCAAUAUCGGAGGACAUCCUAGCUAUUCAACUCGACAAACGAAGAGAAAAUGACAACGCCUUGAAUAAACCGCUGGAGCAGAGUGACAAGAAUAAAAAGCCCUACCGCUCGGAAAUGAAUUUAACACUUCAGUACGAUGGAACGAAUCAAGGCGUAGUCGCUUCCAAUAUAGCAGCCACUAGUGCCAAUAAGACAGCAACUGCCACACAAACGUCCGUUAGCGGCAAUGCCAACGGCAACAAUCGCUGUACGCGUUCAUUGGAACGCGAGCAUACGGACAGUCCCUCGCCUCAUGUACCCGACGCAAUGGUGCCUUUCCCAGAUAAGCGCACCUACAUCGGCUUCGAUCAGCUAAACAAUGAGGCGUGCCUUGAGUUGCCGCCAACGAGUGUCGCAAAUAUGCAGAGAUCGCCUCUACCGCCUAUAUCUGGCUUAGCUAAGCAGGCACAACCACCAACGCCGCCAGCGCGCGGAUUUCCAUCCCCAUUGAAUAUACGCUGCGCGGGUGUAGCGCGUGCUACGCCUGUAGCUAUACCACAACCACCUACAGAUGAACCGGCAGGAGCGCAGAUUGCUAAGCCGAUGACGCUUGGUCUUGCGCCUAAUAAAAGUCAACUGUAUACAGCGGUGGCGAACGCGGCUGCAAAGCGUGCGCAAUAUCGCAGUGCAACAUCGCAUUCAUUGGAUAUAGAAUUGAAUGCGGCAGGCGCUGCGGCGAUCAACGAGACAAGUGCGGCUGAUGCGGCAAAUGAGGCGCUUGCUAGUGAGGCAGCGCGUCGGAAGGCGCGACGUGUUUCAAUCGUGUGCGGCGACUCAAGUACGCCAGACUCACCAGAUCCGGUGACCAAUACACACUUAGUUCGAUCUCAAGCACAAAUAAAUUUAAGCGGCAUGCAGGAUGGUGGCGCAAACAAUGUCAUUACUAACAAUUCCAAUAUAGCGAACACAACGAACCAUCCAACUAUUGGCAGCUGCACAGAUUUACAGUCCGCGUUGCUCAAUCCGGCACUGCGUAGUCUCAAGCAAUCCAGCCAAAGCACUCCCAACUCACCACAUUCCGUGCGGCGUCGUAGCAACAGUAAUACGAUGAGUCCGAGUAACGGCGUUGCUGAUCCCACACAUCCACAAUCUCUCUCGGCGAAUACGUCGCCGAAGCACGCCGCCAACGCGCACCAUCGCCAUACGAAUAGCAGUUGUAGUAAUCUAGCGGCGGCACAUCAACGCAAAUCCAGCCAAGACUCGACACGUACCAAUGCGGGUGAAGUCGCUACCGCCGAGACGGUCGCCGGGCGCUCACGUUGUUCUCGUCGUCACUCCGAUGGCACCGUUGCGAGUAACGCGCAGCGUGUCAGCGGCACUUCCGGCCAUCAUCACCAUCAUCAUCAUCAUCACCAGCAUACAGCGUCGAUGCUGAGCAAUAAUCUACACAGUCACCACUCACAUCAGGAUAGCACUUCAUAUUCGGAGCACGGUUCGAAUAGUUCAGCCUCGUCGCGGGAGUCGUCAACUUCGUUCAGUGUGCGUUCGAAUCGGCGCAAGAUUUCCAUCAGUUCGCAUACGGGUGGCAAGAUACCGUGGUGCGGGUGCUGGGGCAAUGGUUGCUUGUAGGAUGAGAGUGUGGGAUAAUGUAAAAACACGAACGACGAACUGGAUGUAGUAAAUAAUUUUAGUUAAUAAAGUAAUAAAGUAUGAGUAAUUAAUUCGACUAUAUAUAUAUACAUAUAUAGUUUUAGUGUAAACUCUUUACUUUUAUCGUAAAUUAGUAAAUUAAUUGUAUUUUAUUACGCUUUGGGUUAGUCAAUAGGGCAUUUGUUUGUAUGUAGCUUACAAAUAAUAUAAAUAAAAUGAAAUAAACAUAUAAAUUGUAAUUAUCAACUGAA